CUACUUUUUAAGAGGGGAGUUACGACCUCCUGAAGGAAACACAUCGUCGAACAACAGAAAUGGCGUAUCGUGGUGUGAAGGGAUCUGAUCCGUUUGUGUCAAAAACUUCGCGAAAUGAACGCUUUGCGCAAAUGUCAAAGCAAGAACAAAUUAUUCAGCAGAAGAAGUUGGAAAUUCAAGCAAAACUACAAGAACAGAAAGCAAAAGAAGCCGUAGAAUGCAUGAAGAAGUCAACCUCGACUACAACAACCAGUAAAGGCAAUACUCCAAAAGAAGAAGAUGAAAAAUCAAUUGCAUCUCUUUCUAUGAAUGUGUUUGCCAAUGAUGGUAGUUUUCUCGAUCAAUUUAAAAAGAUUGCUAAUAAAGGAACUGGCAAACAAGAGAUGCAACAAGAUAAAUCUGAGGAUAGAAGAAAAGAUGAGAAAACUUAUGAAGCUAUUAGGGAAAGAGACAGGCACAGGCAUGAAAAAAAUAGAGAUUGGGAUAGCAGACGAGAUCGUAUAAGGAAUGAUUCACGUUGGGGAAGGAAUUCGGAUAGGAAGCAUAGUUCUUCCUCGAGUCCGUCGCCUACUAGACGAAGAUCACCGCCUAGCCCUGAAAUACGGCGUAGUUAUCAACCUCAGAAUGGUCAGCGCGCACAGUUUAAUCAACAAUUUCCAAUUCAGAACAAUAAUCAAAUUUCUUCCAUCCCAUCUCUCAUGUCUCAACCCAUCCAGAUGCAAAUAACGAGCAUACCACCACCCAAUUUGAGAAAUUUGACAUCGACCGUGCCAUCUGCACCUUUGCAAAGGUUAUCAGUGUCGAAAAAUUUUAACAAUAACUACACUAAUAUGAAUGACCAUUCUAACAAUGUUAGCAUGCAAAUUGCACCACCAUCGCACAUUAUACAUCCCCCUCCCCCUCCUCCUCCACCACCGCCUAUUCAAAACAUUCCACCUAAUACAAAUAUUCCACCACCAAAUAUGCGAAUUUCCCAAGCAGUGCCAAUGUCUAAUUUAUCCUCGUCGUCGAACGGACAACAACAUAUUAUACAAAAUCCACAAUGCAGCAUAUCGCCUAUGGCGUGCAAUGCUAAUUUACAGCCUCCUAAUAUUCCUCCACCUAACAUCCCACCACCAAACAUUUUGCCACCAAUGUCGCAAAUGCGACCGACCAUGUUGCCUAUUGCGGGCUCACAAGCAAUUGUUGUGACAGUACCAAACGUAGCUAAUAUUCCACCUCCAAGUGUGAUAACGUCUAUGAUAAUGUCAUCGCCUCCGCCAGUGCAUACCGUGCCAUCGACAAUCAAUUCAAUUCCACCGCCAAACUUAAAUAUUCCACCGCCAAAUGUCCCACCGCCCACUGUCAUUCCUAAUACGGUACCCACGCGUGCUCUUAUGUCUACCGGCUAUACUCUUUCCAAUCAGAUGCCUAUCACGGUGGGUCCUCCUAAUGUUCAAAUACCACCACCUGUGAGACCACCGCCGACUAAUCUACAAAGCUCUGAACAACAAGUGUGUCCAGUAGAAGCUGAACAACUAGCACGCUUCGUGGCUGAAUGGGGAGAUGAAAUUGAACAGGAAGUGCGAGAGAAAAAUGUCCAAGAUCCUAAAUUAUGGUUUCUGCACCAAAAGCAAAGUGCAGCGUAUCUGCAGUACAGGGGAUUGGUUUCAAAAUUACGUGCCGAGAAGCCAGAUAAGGAUAAGAAGAAUUACAGUGGUGCAGAACUUUAUUGUCCCGAAGAAGCUCUUAGUGACAAUGAUGAAGUGGAUAAAUCUCAAAAAUCUCACAUGACUCUAUAUGUAGAUCAACCAAAGGACGAUAAUAAGGAAGAACGAAAAAGGAAAAGACGUAGCCGCUGGAGUGAUUCCAAUACCAAGAUUCUCAGUACAGAAGCGAAUGUAUCUUCUGAUAAUAGGCCGAGUGCCAUACUUUCGCAACCAGGCAUAGCUAUACCGGCGCAAAUUGGGCAACCUGCAGUAAUAAUACCUCCUCCGUCAAAGGGACAACAUGUUAAGUCAAAAAAUCCGAUGCUUACUAAGAUUUCACGGAAUGAUCCUGCACUUAUUCAUUAUGCGAAGCAAACUUUUGGUACCCUCGAUCUAAGCGAAGAACAAUGGAAAAAGGCAGAGGAUCAUUAUAAGAUAAAUCUCUUGUAUCAAAAUCUCUUAAAGAAAAAGGAAGAAGUAAAACGCUUGGAAGCGCAAGGAAGGCACAAAUAUGAAUACGAUAGCGAUGAAGAGACAGAAGGUGGAACUUGGGAACAUAAACUGAGAUCUGCUGAAAUGGAAGCAACGCAAAUGUGGGCGGAGGAAUUAACCGCGCAGGCAGAAGGCAAACAUCAUAUUGGCGAUUUUCUGCCACCAGACGAGUUGAAAAAAUUUAUGGAACAGUAUAACGCGGUAAAACAAGGAAAAGAACCCGAUUUGAGCGAUUAUAAAGAAUACAAGUUGAAGGAAGAUAAUAUAGGUUUUCAAAUGUUACAAAAACUUGGAUGGAGCGAAGGACAAGGCUUGGGUAGUGAAGGUAGCGGUCGUAUCGAACCAGUUAAUAAAGCGACGAAUAGACUAGAUAGCUCAGGUCUAGGUUCUGAAAGACCAGAUGGGAUAUCCAGGGACGAUGAUGAAUUCGAUGCAUAUAGGAAAAGAAUGAUGCUUGCAUACAGAUUUAGGCCUAAUCCAUUAAAUAAUCCAAGAAGACCUUAUUACUAAGAACUGACUACAUUAAACAUAUUCUUUUUAUGACAGAACAGUGUAGUGGAUUGUUUUUAUUUUGUAUAUUUAAAAUUGUAUAUUUUAUUUUAAAAUAUAUCUCUUAUAAAAUUUUCGCUUUUCUCUGAAUUCAGAGAAACUGAUUGCUUUAAA